UAUAUACACACUAGACAUUCAUCAACAUGUCAUCUAGUGAAGAAACAGAUGGCGAAAUUGUGUGGACAGAUUACACAGAUAGACACAAACGUCGUUUAGCACAUAAAAGAAGUUUAAAUGAAUUUACAAAAAUAUAUAAAAAGGUUAAACGAAAUAGAGUUUAUAAUAUAGCAAAUAAUAAUGACGGUCAAAUAGACUUUUCUUGCAAUUCACGUACAUGUAAAAAGAAGAAUACUUCACAACAUAGCAGCAAUGAUGUACAAAUGCUCGCAGAGAAAUGCAAAUUAAUGAACGAGGAAAUUUUAAACAAAUAUAAUAUAAACAAUGAAUCAAAAAUACAAUCAGAAAAUGAAGAAAAUGAUGUCGAAAAUGCUGUUAAAAAUACUCAGGAUAUUGAAAAUACCGAGAUUAAUAAUCGAAGAGAUAGUGAAGUUGUAAGCAAUACCUCAUAUGAACUUGAAGAAAAUGACUUUGAUAUUGAAAAUACCGAGAUUAAUAAUCGAAGAGAUAGUGAAAUUGCAAGCAAUACCUCAUAUGAACUUGAAGAAAAUGACUUUGAUAUUGAAAAUACCGAGAUUAAUAAUCAAAGAGAUAGUGAAGCUGCAAGCAAUACCUCAUAUGAACUUGAAGAAAAUGACUUUAAGUCCGAAAUUACACAAUGGGCUGCAGAUUAUAAAAUACAUAUAAAUGCAUUAACAAGUUUAUUGCAAAUUUUAAAGAAAAGAAGCAAUGUAAAACUUCCUAAAGAUGGACGUACACUUAUGUGUACUCCAAGAGCAACAAAUAUUACUUCUAUGGAUAAAGGUUUCUACUCUCAUUUUGGAGUUGAACCAGCCAUUUGUAAAAUAAUAGAGGACAGGAUAAAUUCAAAAAUUGAUAAUUUAAUAAUAAAUUUAAUAAUAUCUACAGAUGGUGCGCCAAUUGGAAUUUCUAGUGGAAAAGUAAUGUGGCCUAUUUUGUGUUCCGAUGAGCUUUUACCAAAAGUACGAGUUAUUGGUAUAUAUUACGGUGAAAACAAACCAGCAGAUUCAAAUAAAUUUCUUGAAGCUUUUGUAAAUGAGCUGAUACCAUUAAUAAAUGUUGGAUAUGUAUAUAAUGGAAUAUGUUAUAAAAUCAGACUGCAUGCUCUGGUAUGUGAUACCCCAGCGAAGGCAUUUAUCUUAAAAGUAAAGAAUCAUACUGGUUAUGAUAGUUGCACAAAAUGUUUAAUUCAUGGCGAUCGAAUUGAAUAUACUAAUUGCUUUCCAAUGGAAAAGAAUCAAUUAUUAUUAAGAGACGACGAAGUAUUUCGAAAUUUUGGUUACUCUGAAAAUUAUCAAAUAGGCGAAACCAUUUUAAAAAAUAUUCCUUAUUUUGGUGCAGUAAGUAAUGUGACUCUUGACUAUAUGCAUUUAGUGUGUUUGGGAGUCAUGAGGAAAUUGAUAUUUUUAUGGUUAAGAGGACCAUUAAAUACACGUUUAUCUAGCUUGACUGUACAACAAAUUUCAGACAAAUUACUUACUUUAAAGGAAUAUACGCCGUCUGACUUUCCUAGAAAACCAAGAUCGCUUGAAUUUAUUAAAUUAUGGAAGGCCACAGAAUUUAGACAAUUUUUGUUAUAUUCAGGUCCAAUAAUUUUAAAAAACAUACUCAAUAAAAAUGUUUAUGAAAAUUUUUUGACAUUACAUAUUGCGAUUCGUAUUUUGGCCAGCACUGAACAUAGUAAAAAUCCUCAAUUACUUGAGUAUGCAGAGAAGCUUUUAAACACUUUUGUUCAGUCUUUUACAACAAUUUACGGAGUUAAAUAUGUUUCUCAUAACGUGCACAAUUUGCUACAUUUAACAUCGGAUGUAAAACGAUUUGGUGCUCUAGAUGGUUUUAGCGCAUUCCAAUUUGAAAGUUACAUUUUUCAGCUAAAAAAACUGGUUCGAAAAGGAGAUAAACCACUUCAACAAAUUACUAAAAGGCUUUAUGAAUUAAAUGUUAUCAGUCAAGUCGAAAUACGCAAUAAAAAAUUUUUUCUCAAGAAAAAUCAUAAAGAUGGUCCAUUGGAUUGUGAACAUGAAUAUAAAGAACAAUAUAAAAUAUUGAAUUUAGGUUCAUUUCAUUUAAAAUGUGACGACAAAAAAAAUAACUGUGUUUUAUUGAAAGACAAUACUGUCGUUUGCGUCUACAAUAUUGCCAAGAGUAAAAAUAAUAAUAUAUACAUUAUAGGAAAAAAACUGAUACCCGAUACAAGUUUAUUCACUAUACCAUGCGAAUCACAAUUUCUUGGAAUAGCCAUAGUCAAACAAAACAAAUGUAUAGAAUCAUGGUUAUAUCAAAACAUAUGCGCUAAAGUUUAUAAAAUUCCAUACAAAGACAAAUUUGUUAUUUUGCCAAUAUUACAUACAAUUGUAUCACAUCCAAUAUUACAUACAAUUGUAUCACAUCCAAAAAAUCAUGUGUAA